CGGGUUCGCGCUGCCUCCACCGCGGGGCUCACGGAGCCGAGCGGGGGGCGCGCGGCGACGCGGCCAUGGGACCGCGCCGGCUCUGGUGACCGCGGGGAGCGGAGCGGCCCGGGCCCUGAGCGCGUCUCCUGCGGGGGGCCUCGCCCUCCUGCUCGCGGGGCCGGGGCUCCUGCUGCCUUUGCUGGCGCUGCUGCUGGCGGCGGCGGCGGCGGCCCGGAUCAUGUCUGGCCGCCGCUGCGCCGGCGGGGGCGCGGCCUGCGCGAGCGCCGUGGCGGCCGAGGCCGUCGAGCCGUCCGCCCGCGAGCUGUUCGAGGCUUGCCGCAACGGGGACGUGGAGCGAGUGAAGAGGCUGGUGACGCCCGAGAAGGUGAACAGCCGCGACACGGCGGGCAGGAAGUCCACCCCGCUCCACUUCGCCGCAGGUUUUGGACGGAAGGAUGUAGUUGAAUAUCUUCUUCAGAAUGGUGCAAAUGUGCAAGCACGUGACGACGGGGGUCUUAUUCCUCUUCAUAAUGCAUGCUCUUUUGGUCAUGCUGAAGUAGUCAAUCUUCUUUUGCAACAUGGUGCAGACCCAAAUGCUCGGGAUAAUUGGAAUUAUACUCCUCUCCAUGAAGCUGCAAUUAAAGGAAAAAUUGAUGUUUGCAUUGUGCUUUUACAGCAUGGAGCUGAGCCAACCAUCCGAAAUACAGAUGGAAGGACAGCAUUGGAUUUAGCAGACCCAUCCGCCAAAGCUGUUCUGACUGGUGACUAUAAGAAAGAUGAGCUCUUGGAAAGUGCCAGGAGUGGCAAUGAGGAAAAAAUGAUGGCCCUGCUUACACCGUUGAAUGUCAACUGCCAUGCAAGUGAUGGCAGAAAGUCAACUCCAUUGCAUUUGGCAGCAGGAUACAACAGAGUAAAAAUUGUACAACUGUUACUGCAACAUGGAGCUGAUGUCCAUGCUAAAGAUAAAGGUGAUCUGGUACCAUUACACAAUGCCUGCUCUUACGGUCAUUAUGAAGUAACUGAACUACUGGUCAAGUUAUCUGAUAGGUACAAGCAAGACUGUCUUCUACCACUGUAUGCUAAUGGGAUUAUACUUACCCUUUAUGAAUUUAAAGGUCAUUCAUUGCUGCAAGCUGCACGAGAAGCUGAUGUUACAAGAAUCAAAAAACAUCUUUCUCUGGAAAUGGUGAAUUUCAAACAUCCUCAGACACAUGAAACCGCACUGCAUUGUGCUGCUGCAUCUCCAUAUCCCAAAAGAAAGCAAAUAUGUGAACUGCUGCUCAGAAAGGGAGCAAACACCAACGAAAAGACUAAAGAAUUCUUGACUCCUCUGCACGUGGCUUCUGAGAACGCUCACAAUGAUGUUGUUGAAGUAGUGGUGAAGCAUGAAGCAAAGGUUAAUGCUUUGGAUAGUCUUGGACAGACAUCAUUACACAGAGCUGCACACUGUGGUCACCUGCAGACUUGCCGCCUGCUCCUGAGCUAUGGGUGUGAUCCAAACAUCAUAUCCCUUCAGGGUUUCACUGCCUUGCAAAUGGGAAAUGAAAAUGUGCAGCAGCUGCUUCAAGAGGGCGUCUCACUAGGUCACUCAGAGGCAGACAGACAGUUGCUGGAAGCUGCAAAGGCUGGUGACGUUGAAACUGUAAAGAAACUCUGUACUGUUCAGAGUGUCAACUGCAGAGACAUUGAAGGACGCCAGUCAACCCCACUCCAUUUUGCAGCUGGGUACAACAGAGUGUCUGUGGUGGAGUACCUGCUGCAGCACGGAGCUGAUGUGCACGCUAAAGACAAAGGAGGUCUUGUUCCUUUGCACAAUGCAUGUUCUUAUGGGCACUAUGAAGUUGCAGAACUUCUUGUCAAGCAUGGAGCUGUAGUUAAUGUCGCUGACUUGUGGAAGUUCACACCUUUACAUGAAGCUGCAGCAAAAGGAAAAUAUGAAAUAUGCAAACUUCUACUCCAGCAUGGUGCAGACCCUACGAAGAAAAACAGAGAUGGUAAUACUCCUCUGGAUCUUGUUAAAGAUGGAGAUACAGAUAUUCAGGAUCUACUUAGAGGUGAUGCAGCUUUGCUGGAUGCUGCCAAGAAGGGUUGUUUAGCCAGAGUGAAGAAAUUGUCUUCCCCUGAUAAUGUAAAUUGCCGUGACACCCAAGGUCGGCAUUCUACACCUUUACAUUUGGCAGCUGGUUAUAAUAAUUUGGAAGUUGCUGAGUAUUUAUUGCAACAUGGAGCUGAUGUGAAUGCCCAGGACAAAGGAGGACUCAUUCCUUUACAUAACGCAGCAUCGUAUGGACAUGUAGACGUAGCAGCUUUACUGAUAAAGUACAAUGCGUGUGUCAAUGCCACGGACAAAUGGGCUUUCACACCGUUACAUGAAGCAGCCCAAAAGGGACGGACACAGCUUUGUGCUUUAUUGUUGGCCCAUGGAGCUGAUCCUACUCUUAAAAAUCAAGAAGGACAAACACCAUUAGAUUUAGUUUCAGCAGAUGACGUCAGCGCACUCUUGACAGCAGCCAUGCCCCCCUCUGCUCUGCCUACGUGCUACAAACCUCAAGUGCUCAGUGGUGUGAGGAGCCCCGGAGCCACUGCAGAUGCUCUGUCUUCAGGUCCAUCCAGUCCAUCUAGCCUUUCUGCAGCCAGCAGUCUCGACAACUUAUCUGGGAGUUUCUCUGAACUGUCUUCAGUAGUUAGUUCAAGUACAACAGAAGGUGCUACUAGUUUGGAAAGAAAAGAGGAUUCAGGAAUUGAUUUUAGUAUAACUCAGUUCAUAAGGAACCUUGGACUUGAGCACUUGAUGGAUAUAUUUGAGCGAGAACAGAUUACCUUGGAUGUCCUAGUUGAGAUGGGCCACAAGGAGCUGAAAGAGAUUGGAAUCAAUGCCUAUGGACAUCGACACAAGCUGAUUAAAGGAGUUGAAAGGCUGAUCUCUGGACAACAAGGUCUUAAUCCAUAUUUAACUCUAAACAACUCUGGUAGUGGAACAAUUCUCAUAGAUCUGUCUCCUGAUGAUAAAGAAUUCCAGUCUGUGGAGGAGGAGAUGCAGAGUACAGUUCGAGAGCACAGAGAUGGGGGUCACGCAGGUGGAGUCUUCAACAGAUACAACAUUCUCAAGAUUCAGAAGGUUUGUAACAAGAAAUUGUGGGAAAGAUAUACACACCGGAGAAAAGAAGUUUCUGAAGAAAACCACAACCAUGCAAAUGAAAGGAUGUUAUUUCAUGGAUCUCCUUUUGUGAAUGCAAUUAUCCAUAAGGGCUUUGAUGAAAGGCAUGCAUACAUAGGUGGCAUGUUUGGAGCUGGAAUUUAUUUUGCUGAGAACUCUUCCAAAAGCAAUCAAUAUGUGUAUGGAAUUGGAGGUGGCACUGGAUGUCCAAUUCACAAAGACAGAUCGUGUUACAUUUGUCACAGGCAGCUGCUGUUUUGUCGAGUAACCUUGGGAAAGUCUUUCUUGCAGUUCAGCGCAAUGAAAAUGGCACAUUCUCCUCCCGGCCAUCACUCGGUCACUGGCCGGCCCAGUGUAAAUGGCCUAGCACUAGCUGAAUAUGUUAUUUACAGAGGAGAACAGGCUUAUCCUGAAUAUCUAAUUACUUACCAGAUUGUAAGGCCUGAAGGUAUGGUUGAUGGCUGAAACCAGUUCCCCCAGACAAAAUGUUCUGAAGCAGCUGACGGCCUCUUAAGUUUCACUCCUUGGCAGGAAAAAAAUUCAUGCUGACUACAGGCCUGUGGCACAAAUGAUAAAAUGUGAAAGAAGCCUAAUGUUGUGACUUGAUGAAGCUUUAACAGUGUACAGUAUUUCUGAGUGUUUCCUGUUCUCAGCACUUUAACAGAUGCCAUUCCAGGUUCAACUGGGUUUGUCUGUCCUAAAUUAUAAACAGUUAACUUGAAUCUUUUAUACGUCGUGCAUUGAUUCUAACAAAAAUGGUAAUCCCUCAACAGAGCUCAUUUUACUAAUCAGUACUGUGUUCUUUAAAACACAGCAUUUACACUGAAUACAAUUUCAUUUGUAAAAUGUAAAUAAGAGCUUUUGUACUAGCCCAAUAUUUAUUUACAUUGCUUUGUACUAUAAACUGUUCUAGAGCUUCAGCGGUUUACAGAGUAUUUUCAUAUGUGUUGCUUAUCCGUGUUCAUCUGUUGUCGCCUGAGUGAUCGCUACGUUUGGUUCCAGAGGCUGCUCGGUUGCUAACAGAGAGUUAGUGGGGAGACAUUGACUUAACAAAUUUAAUUUGCUGAUGGAAGCAUUUCUCUAGCAAUAGAAAUCUUUCUAAUUUACAAAUUUUAUAAAUACUCUUGGAAUUUCCAGAGAGUUCUGGUGUGAUGGGAUGGGGACUUGUGGCUAGAGAAGCCCUUCAAUGGCCUUAAACUCGGGUCUUGCUUUAGAGAGGCCUCUGAUGUUCUCAGCCUCAGAGCAGAGCUCUCUCCAAGUUUUGAAGAUGCUAAGCCCCAGCUUCUGAACUCUUAAUGCUCUGAUCAUGAACUGUAAAUGGAAAUUAUAUUUUGGACAUGGGGAAGGCAAUCAUGGAUAAUUUCCCAAUCAGGUCUAAUUACCUUAAAUCUAAAAUGGAGGAAUAACAAGUGGGAGUGGAUAGGUUUUUUUGUUUUAAGUUUUUCUCGAUCUUAUGGUUAUAUUUAUAGCCAGUGUAUUUAUCAUGAGUAAAUACAACCUAAAACCAUAGGUGUGAGUGUCUGUGUCUGUGGCAGCCUCUGGAAUGGGCAAGCCUAGUGCUUCCUACUUCUAAAACACUGUCACAGACUUAAGUUCAGUAUGGCAGCUGUGGAAGAAAUUACUUGCCAUGAAAGGCUAUUUUUACUAUUCUCUGAGGUAAGCCUUACACUUAGCAUCUUGCAUUGCACAGAGACCUGCCUUACUGCAUGGGAGCACACUCAGAAAUCAAGGAGAGAUUUUUAUCCACCUAAGUUUUUGUAAAUGAGGAUGCCCUCUUCACUCUCUGUACCACUUUAUCUUUGUUUUACAUUUUAUUUGGUCUCUUAAUUGCCUGGUCCUUUAUAGAAACUUGUACAUAGAAUUGCUCGAAAGUUAAGUUUCCCAUCCUAUGAGUUAAGAGAAAUGUAUGUCUGGAGUUGUUCCUAAGAUGUGAAUUGUGGUCAAGGGUUAAGAGGUCAAAUCCUGACCUAGAAAUGCUUUUAUACAGCUCUCUGCUAACUACAGAUGUCCUAAAAUCAUUUCUUGAACAUAAAAGGAAUAUGCCAAAUUUUAUAUAAAAAUUUCAGGUUCUGUAUACUUCUGGGUUUUAUAGUUAAAAGAUAAUGAAAUUAAUUAGUGAGGUUUAUAUUUACUUACUUCUCAAAGUUUGGCCUAUGUUACUCUGUGUGGAUCUGGAAUUGUUUUUCAUGUAGAAUCAUGGUCUGGUUAUGAGCCGUGUUACCUCCUAACCCAUUGCUUAUGUGUGUUCCCACUGUGGUCAAUACGCUGGCAUGGCAAUGUUUAUUGGGAGCUGGGAGUUUGGGGGUGUGAUUUAGUGCUUUGCAUGAAAUACCUUUAUAAAAAUGGAAUUGCUUUUUCUUUUGCCUUGUGAUUUUUUUUUUUUUUUGAAGUGGAAUUUAAUUUGUGUGUGUGUGUGUGUGUAGUGUUCUGCCCAUCUGAGUGUCUACUUGUAUCACAUUCCAUGCCCUCACUUAAUUCUUAAUAAACUGUUUACUUGUUUUCUGGGUAGCAUGGUAAUUCAUUGAAAUUACAGUAAAUCGUAAUUGCAAGAGAACAGUGUAGUUUUGAGUCUAAUCGUGACAGGGUGCAGCAUACAUGUAACAUGUUGAAUGUUGUGUGGUCAUACGUGCUCAGAUGCUUCAUGAUGAAGGUAAGAUGUGUUUGGGCGUCUACACCAUCCAGUAGGACUUUGGUAGUCCUUAAAAUUCCUUCAUGAAAAUCAGUCUGCUUAACCUACAAAGAGAAAUAUAUUUUUGUUUUCUAUGUCAUAAAAACAUUCUUGAUAAGUUUCCAAAUCCCAGUUAGUCAUAUUUUUUUCUCUAAAAGGAAAAAAACAGUAGUGUAUUUUAUAUUUCCAUAUGCUAAUGACAUGUGUAUAAUUAGUCCUCAGUAUUCCAUAAGAAGAGAGUGAUGGUACAAGGGUCCCUAAGUAUCACUUUGAAGUCUAUAUAAACUGCUUUAUCUUCCUGCUUCUUUUAAGAUGAUACUGAAGUGUUUGCUUGCUGUUUACUGAGCGUGCAUGCCCACGUAUGAUGUGAUCCAGUUGUUUACAGGUUGGGGCAAGAAAACAUGCAAAUAAACUUCCCAAAGCUGUUAACAA